AUGAACGCAAUUGUUGGUUUUUGUCAUUUCUGUGAGGCUCAUGGUCCAAGGCCAGUAUUUUGUACAUAUACUACUGAGGACGAACAACACACCAUUGAGGCUUCUAAAAAUGCAGUACAGUGUAAUGGCUGUACUUCUAUAGGUUCAGAAACGGUUUUAAUAUCAAGAGAUGGUGAUACAAUCUUUUGUAGUAGGGAAUCUGUUCCAAAUCCUGAAGUUACCUCUUUUUUGAGACAAGCUGCUUUAAGAAGUAUUACUUGUGAAGUAAAUUGGAGUAAAGAAGGUGGAGUGGUUUAUUUCAGUGACACACAAGGAGAUGUGCUCAGCUCUACAUUUCAGUUAAAGGAUACUAGAUCGAGGGGAUUGAAAAGGUUGUUCUCAAUUGUAGUUUUAAUGAAGGAUAAAAUGUUACUAUUAAAUAUUACACCAGUACUCUCAGAACACAUGCAGAAAAUUGCAAAAGAACUCCAAACUCUAGCUAAUGAGGUCUAUGAACAAGAACAAAGUAUAUGCUCUCAAAGAGCUUUGAGGCUUAAGACAGGAAAACAUGAAUUUGGUCAGUCCCGAUCCUUAAUACAAUUAACAGGCCCUACUUUAAUGAGGAGGAUAGAGAUUGCUAUGGAUAACACGAAAUUAACAGAUACUGUAUUGGACCAACAUAUAAAAUCUCUUCAGUUAGAAUGGUUGGGGAUAGCAAACACAAUCAAAAUGGCGAAAACUAAUUCAGGAAAAUCGGAUGCCAUAAAGAAAUUGAAAGUUGUGUUAGGUGUGAUGCAGCAAGAUGAAGUACUUGUUAAUUACUGGUUGUACAUGUUUUGUAGUUGA